GACAUCAGAAAAAACGCUGUCCAAGAGAAAUCAGCCAUGAAACUUCAGAAAUGAAGGAAGGAAAGAGGCCCCAGAAGACGCCCAGCACACCAAGGACCACGCAUGGUAAAGAGGCAGCCUUACCUGGGCGUGGAAUCCAAAAGAAGCUCCAGGUGGUGAGUCAGGGGACUCAAAGGAAUGUGGUGAAAAGGGCCCGGAAUAUAAAGGCUGCAUGUGCCAAGACAUCCAUGCCAAAAGGGAAGCCCAACAACGACACUGUGGAUUUUCUCAGUCCUAUACUUCCUGUGACCUGUGGUGAGGCAAAGGGGAUUUUAUAUAAGGAGAAAAUGAAACAAGGAUUCUCAGAGAAGUGCAUUCAGAAUGAGGAGGGAGUUUGGCUCACAAUAAAUGAGUUUACCGUUGAAGGGAAGAGGGCAAGCUCAAAAUGCUGGAAGCGGAGUGUACGCUGUGGAGGACAGACCUUAAGACAACUGAUAGAGGAGGGACUUUUGCUCUGUCCUCCAAAAAUAAAUCUCAAGACAAAGGUAACUAGCAGGUGAACUCCUACCAUGCCCAAGGGCUUCCUGGCAGACUUUCUGGUUCUGAAGGCCUCCAGCCUCUGAGCGUCCAGCUCCAAGGUUCUUCCCUGUGGACAGAGCAACUUCUUCACAGCUGCAUUCGCACAUGGCUAGGUGCACACACCGCCAUUGUUUUCACAGGUCAUUCAAGA